ACUCAAGCUCACCCGCGAUGGCAUCUGAACGGAAGCAUAUCCUCGUCAUAGGCGGCGGGGUGAUUGGACUGUCCCUCGCCCUCACCAUGCAGGAUGCGGGCGACUGCGACGUCUCCCUCCUCUCAACCUGCCUUCCCUCUGAUCCGUCCUCUUCCGCAACCUCGUCUGCACCGCCGCCCUCGCCGGCACACUACGCCUCUGCAUGGGCUGGGGCGCACCAUGUCUCUUCAGCGAUGAACGAGAGGGAGUGUAGGUGGGACAGAGAGACGUUCGAUGUCAUCAAGAAGCUCGCGGGCCCUGCAGGACAAGGAGAGGAUGCUGAAGGCCCACUGGUAUGGGUGAGGCAGACGGAACUUUUUGCCAAUCCUGUCACGACAGAAGCUGAGAGGCGGGCGCAGGAGGUACUCGAGAUGUAUCCUAAUCACGCACAAAGUCGAGAGCUCCCGCAACCCUGGUCUGCCGAGGGGAGGGCCCCUCCCUUCGACGCAGCGCACCACUUUGACACGCUCGACUUUGAUGUGCCCCGCUACCUGCCGGCACUCCAGCGGCAAUUUAUCGCGCAAGGAGGCAGACUACUACGAGCUCCCUCUCCAGUCACCUCGAUACGAGAAGCUGUGGAAAUCUGCGAUGGCGACGUAUUAGGGAAGCGCCGAGCAGGCUGGUCAAGGGUGCAAGGUGUCUUCGUCGCUACGGGGCUGGGCACGGCGGAACUCUCUGAAAUGAAGGAGGACAGGGCGAAUCAUUUCCCAGUAAGAGGACAGACAGUCCUCGUGAGCGCGCCGUGGCUCGAGCUUCGCGGUGACGACGACGACUGUUCAGGACCGAGCAGACCGCGCUGGCCAGCUCUUUCGCGCACCAACUCUUGCGGGGAACGAGACCUCUACCUCAUCCCACGUUCGCGCGGCCAGUACAUCGUAGGCGGGACGCGUCUUGUAGGGGAUGACGAUCCUCGCCCGCGAGAGGAGACGACAUGCGAGAUCCUGGCGAGGGCGUUGGCGAUCUGUCCUGGGCUCGUACGCGAGGACAAGCGCCGAGCAGCUGGUGGGCAGGCGAGGGGAGAAGAUGUGGACAUCUUGGCGGUGAAUGUGGGCUUCAGACCUGGAAGGAAGGGCGGGCCUGUGGUGCAGGCUGCCGGCAAGGACAUGAGCGCGAGGGCGGGUGGCCAAGGUGAGGAUGUGCAAGUCGUGCUAGCGUAUGGCUUCGGUGGGUAUGGGUAUCAGAAUUCAUGGGGGGCUGCGUUCGAAGGAAGGGACAUAAUGAGGGAGCAAUUGGGUCUGCCUGUGAUGAGCCAUGUGUUGGAGAGGCUGACGUCUCUGUAAUCAUGGAAUCGAGCGACGUCACCGAUCUUCAU